UAUUGAAGAAGAUGUUAGUUUAAUGUUUGAGGAUGUAAUUAAAAUCAGAAGGUGUGGAUUUUAAGGUUUGAGGUGCAAUUGAAAAUGAGAUGCGAAUUUAAAUGUAAUGGAUGAUUUUGAAAUACCAGAAUGCAAAGAAAAAGAAGUUAAAAGAUGGAGAAAUCGCACAUUGGUGCACCUGGUGGCAGCAAGUUAGGAGGAGGACAUAUGUCCAAUUCUCUAAGUCCAAAAGGCUAAGCCUCAUUAUAAAAGGAUUAAAAUAAAUUAAAUAAUACACAUAAUUUACAAAACACAAAAAGGAAUAGUGAAAGGAGCAUUUGCAACCUUAAUUUCUCAUUCUAGGGUUUCAAACUUUGAAGUUUAAGCAUGUCGGGGCCAAGUCACACUCGGAGACAUGCUGCACGAGGAGCUGAGGACCCGGCUUCUGUUCAUGAGUUGGAGGUCGAUUUGGGUGAGCUAUACAUGAGCAGCUCAGGUUUACUAGUGAGUGCGAAUCGACCUGCAAGUCGCGAGCGCGACACUGACUCGAGGGAGUUUUUAUCUGAGCCUACGGAGACAUCAGACUUUUCAAUAUUUAAGGCAGACAUAUAUAUGUCAGAUGUCCGGAAUUUACGAAGUAUCCAGAGAGCGCUACAUGUUGCGCGAGAGGCGCUGCGACGCCAUAGUGAGGCGAUAGAGCAGCUAGAGGAACAACAACAACAGUGUAUAGACAGAUUGAGGGAGCAGCUAGUUGCCUUUACCAGAGGCGAAUUAUCUGUAGAAGCCUAUACAUUGGAGUUUCUGCGAUUGGGUCAGCAGGUCCCUGAAAUGAUGAGGGAUAACGCUGAGGUCAAUAGUAUAUUUGUGACCGGAUUGGGACCUGAGUUUCGAGAGUUGCUGGAUGAGGUUGACUGUCAUUUUGGUUAUGUCUCAGGCAGAGCACAGCAGAUAGAGAGUGUUCUCGAGCGAGAGGGCACUCCUGUUAGAGCUUUUCCCCUUAAUCCAGAGAGACCUGUACCUAUUGUUGAUAGGCCGGAGAGCUCAGUGCCCCGCAGACGAACCUUGGUUGCAUGGAGUGCCAUGUAGUCUAAAGUCAUUUGGAAUGGAAAAGGAGAAUCCAAGCAGUCUGUAGCUGACCUCAAUCAACUUGGUAUCUUUCUAGGCUUAGCUGAUUUGGGUUGAGUUGUGGGCUGCGUUGUUGAUAUCUUGGUGGGGUAUUUUUUGUGAAAUUCUAGUUUUCUUGUAAAAAAAGUUGCCAGAAUCAGUAUAUAUAAGACUUAUUUAUUUAAAAAUGAAUGCAGUUCAUUUCCUUAAUAUAAUAAUACCUUUUGAGUUUUGACAAAUAAAAAAAAGGCAGUUUAUUUA